CGAAACCUCACUUUCCCCAUUCCUCAUCUCUCCCUUUUGUGAGCGGCGGCGGCAGCGACGGUGACACAUCUAGCAGAGGCCGGCGCGAGGAUAUCUGAAAGUCACCGUGAGCGCAUCUAGCAGCACAACUUCAAUCUGAGGGAAUGGCUGCUAAGCAAGUUUCAUGGACACCUACCAUGUCAAAGUUCAUGCUGACAUGGCUAAGUGAUUUAGUCUCCAAUGGCAAUAGAACAAGCACUGCCUUCAAGCAAUCACAGUUCAACGCUUGUGCCAUUGCUUUGAAUGAGCAUUUCCAACUUAACUUGAAUGGAGAUCAGAUCAAAAAUCAUAAUAGGACAUGGAAGAGGAAACUUCAGAAAAUAGUGAAACUCAAGGAGUUGAGUGGUGCACUAUGGGAUGAGGACAAGUGUAUGAUUGUUCUUGAUCAUGAGCAUUACACAAAUCAUGUUAAGGCUCACCUAGAGGAUGAACAAUACCUUAACAAGACUAUUACUCAUUAUAAGGAGAUGGUGAAUAUAGCUGGAGGGAGCAUGGCUACAGGGCAGUAUGCAAAAGGCUCAAGUGACCCUCUUGCUAUAGAAGUGGUAAAUCUUGAAGAAGAGAUAGCCAAGAAACCCACUACCCCAAAUGAGGAGGUUGCGCACUCAACUAAUGUCGGUUCAUCUGGUCCCAAACCAAAGAAAGCCAAACCAAAUCCUUGUGCAAAAGACAAGUUGCACGCAACCAUACUAGCAUCUAGUGAAAGAAUUGCUAUUGCGAUAGAGAAGAGUACUAGCAGUGAGAACAAUGCCAUAGAUGGUCUUUGGGAGAGCAUGAAAGUACUUCCUGGUUUCAGUUUGGAUCACCUUGCUCAUUACUAUGCAUAUUUGGUUGACAAUCCUCGUGUUGCUAUGGCAUUCAAGGUGUUAGAAGAGGAUCAAAGGAAGGUUUGGGUUUCUAGGUAUGUCAAGAGUACCUUCCCUAAAGUGUAAGGAUGGUGAGUGCAUAUGUGGUGAACUGGUGAUUGACUUGUACUUUUGAUGCAACCAAAACAUGAACUAUGGGUUGUAUUGAUUAACUCUUUUGAUGCAACCAGACAAUAACUAUGGUUGUAUAACUAUUAGGUUCUAGUAGUACUCCAUGGAAUGUUGAACUAUGAGUUCUAUGCA